CACGCCCAUCGUGGGCGGGGCCAAGCGCGCGGCGGCGGCGGGAACGGGCCCGGAGGUUCCGGGGGUCGCGGGAGGCGCUUGGCCACGCCCCCUCUUAAAGGGGCAGCGCCGCUUUUUGGGAUGCUUUCGCAGCUCUUCAUCCUCAGCUCCAAGGGGGAUCCCCUGAUCCACAGGGAUUUCCGCGGGGACCCCCCCCGGAGCCCCCGUGACGUCACCGACCUCUUCUACCGGGGGGUGGGGGCGGCGCGGGGGGAGCGGAGCCCGGUGUUCACGACCCUCGGGGGGCUCCACUUUGCCCACGUCAGGCACGGGGGGCUCUUCUUUGGGGCCACCACCGAGGGCGACGCCUCCCCCUUCACCCUCAUCGAGUUCCUCAACAGGUUGGUGACGCUGCUCCGGGAUUUCUGCGGCCCCCUGAGCGAGAAAAGCCUGGGAAUGAACCUGGGACUGGUGGGGGAGCUGCUGGAGGAACUGGUGGAUUUUGGCCACAUCCAAACCACGAGCCCGGAGAUCCUGCGGAGCCUGGUGCAGUCGGAGCCCGAGAGCCCCAAACCCUUCAGCCUCCUCGACCUGGGAUCCGUGGGGCUGUUCGGGGCGGAGACGCAGCAGAGCCGGGUGGUGCCGGGGGCAGCGGCCACCAGACCCCUCCCCCCGCCCCGGGGGGACCAGCCCCUCAAACCUGAAGUUUUCGUCGACGUCCUCGAGCGCCUCUCGGUCGUCAUCGCCGCCAACGGAACCCCCCUGAAGGUGGAUGUGCAGGGAGAGAUUCGCCUCAAGUGUUACCUCCCCCCCUGCGUGGAGCUCCUGAUCGGCCUCACGGAGGAAUUUUGCGUGGGAAAAUCGGAAUUGAGGGGGUACGGGACGCCGGUGCGGGUGGACGAGUGCUCCUUCCACAGCUCCAUCAAACUGGACGAGUUCGGCUCCGCGAGGGUCCUCAGGGUCUCCCCCAGCCAGGGAGAGAUGACGCUGAUGCAGUACCAGGUCCAGGAUGAAAUUCCAGCCCCGCUCCCGUUCCGGCUUUUCCCGACCGUGGAAGAGGAGCCCGGGGGAAGGAUCCGGAUUUAUUUGAAGCUUCGCUGUGACCUCCCCCCCAAGAGCCACGCCAUCAACGUCCGGCUGCAGCUCCCGGUGCCCAAAGGCGUCUCCAGCCUGUGGCAGGAGCUGAGCAGCCCCGACCAAGCGGCCGAGCUGGAUUUGCCUUCCCGGAGCAUCCGCUGGGAAAUUCCCAAAAUCCAGGGAGGAUCCCAACUCUCCGCCCUCUUCAAGCUGGAUCCGGCUCCGCUGUCCCGUUCGUGGCGCCUGGAGCUGGGUCCUGCCCACGGCUCCUUCGCGGUUCCGGCGCUGUCGAGUUCGGGGCUGCGGCUCCGAUUCCUUCGGAUCCGCGGAGCCCCCGGAGCCGCCCCCGCCCCGCGCUGGGUCCGGUACCUCACCCACAGCGACUCCUACGUCAUGAGGAUCUGAAAUAUCCCGGGGAAAAAUCCGGGAAAAAUCCGGGAAAAAAUCCAGGAAAAAAUCCCGGAAAUAAAGCUGGGAACAGCCACAGCGACUCCUACGUCAUGAGACUGUGAGAAAUCCCGGGAAAAUCCUGGGAAAAAUCCUGGAAAAAUCCCGGGAAAAUUCUGGGAAAAUCUGGGAAAAAAUCCGGGAAAAAACGGGGAAAAUAUUCCUGAAAUAAAGGUGGGAACAGAGCGGUGCCUCACCCACAGCGACUCCUACGUCAUGAGACUGUGAGAAAUCCUGGGAAAAUCCUGGAAAAAUCCUGGAAAAAUCCCGGGAAAAUUCCAGGAAAAAUCCUGGAAAAAUCCGGGAAAAUCCUGGGAAAUAUCCAGGAAAAAUCUGGGAAAAUAUUCCUGAAAUAAAGCUGGGAACAGAGCGGUGCCUCACCCACAGCGACUCCUACGUCAUGAGACUGUGAGAAAUCCCGGGAAAAUCCUGGGAAAAUCCUGGAAAAAUCCCGGGAAAAUCUGGGAAAUAUCCAGGAAAAAUCCGGGAAAAAUCCGGGAAAAAAUCCCAGAAAAUUCCUGGAAAAAUCCAAGAAAUAAUGGGGAAAAUAUUCCUGAAAUAAAGCUGGGAACAG